CCCCGCUCCCAGCCCGCCUCCCCCUCCGCGCAUGCGCAUCACGACACGGCGGCUCCCGCGCUCCCCCACCGCGCAGGCGCCCUGGCCGGGCAAGAUGGCGGCGCCCGUGGACCUGGAGCUGAAGAAGGCUUUCACGGAGCUCCAGGCCAAGGUGAUAGACACGCAGCAGAAGGUGAAGCUCGCCGACAUCCAGAUCGAGCAGCUGAGCAGGACGAAGAAGCAUGCGCACCUCACCGACACAGAGAUCAUGACGCUGGUGGACGAGACCCGCAUGUACGAGGGCGUAGGGAGGAUGUUUAUUCUUCAGUCUAAAGGAGUGAUUCAUAAUCAGCUCUUAGAAAAACAGAGAAUAGCAGAAGAGAAAAUUAAGGAAUUAGAGCAGAAGAAGUCGUACCUGGAGCGGAGUGUGAAGGAAGCUGAAGAUAACAUCCGGGAGAUGCUGAUGGCCCGAAGGGCGCAGUAGCUGGGUGGCUCUCCCAGAGCCACAGUCUGUUCAGAGUGAUUUUUUUUUUUUUUUUUUUUUUUGGGUAGCUCUGCCUGUGGUCACUGCUGCCUGGCUGCGUGAUGGCCUGUCUCACCUUGCCUGUAUUUGGUUGUUUUAAUAAACUCUACUGCAAAGCCUG